UGGUCAUUUUGGUGCUGCUGUUGUCUCCAACGAAAUGCACGUGAAACUUGAAAACAAGACCCGAAAUCUGCGGUCUUGAAGACAUCAUGGUAUUUUUUACUUGCAAUGCUUGUGGCGAAUCGCUGAAAAAGAACCAAGUGGAAAAACAUUAUAUGCACAAAUGUCGCCGUUGUGAAGUCCUCACUUGCGUAGAUUGUCACAAGGACUUCCCGGGGGAUUCGUAUCAGGCUCAUACUAAAUGUAUUACCGAAGAUGAGAAGUACAGUGCCAAAGGCUGGGCCCCCAAGGCCAGUGCUAACAAGGGGGAAAAGAAGCAACUUCAGUGGAUCAGUAACCUCCAAGCUCUGGUAGACGAGAAUGCCGCUACGUUGGACGGAGAAACGCGCAAGAUCCUGGAUACGGUCAUGCAACAUGACAAUAUUCCUCGGAAGAAGGCCAAGUUCAUGAAUUUCGUCAAGAAUAUUCUGAGGCAUGUACGACCUGCAGCCAUUGACAAUACUUGGGAGCUCUUUGAGCAAGCCUUAAAACCCAAAGUCGAGCCAGAGGCACCGCCCAAAGAACCUGUAUCCAUUCCAGUCGAAGAUGAUGAUGCGAAGGAAGAAGUCGAGGAAGUGGAAGAGACAAAUGAAUCACGACAAGGUGUACCCAUGUUUACCGGCCGACCCAAGACAAAAAAGGCCAAAAAGAAGGACAAGGGGAAGGAAAAUCAGUCUCAAACGAUAGAGAAUGGAGGCCCAGGUCCUAAGAAGAAACGCAAACGCGCCGAAAACGAUCUGGAAGAUGAGGUUGAGGCCAAGAAACCGAAUCGUGAAAACCCAGGUGUCCAGAAUGGAGCUGCGAGUCCUGAGAAAUCGGGCAAGUUUGUGUGGGAAGACGUAAUCACCGGGUUGUUGCAAAAGAAAGGCGCCAUGAAGGUUAACAAAUUGAAGAAGAAAGUGGUGGCCGAAUAUCUGAGUCAGCACGAAGGCACUCAUAAAUCGGAGGAGGAGCUGGCCAGUAAAUUGGACAAGAAGUUAAAGAAGAACAAAAGCUUCAGAAUCUUGAAAGACGUGGUGUCGUUACACGAAUAAGUAAUUAAUAAAUAUGACAUUUUUGCAUUUGAAAACGUGAUAAUCAAAGAACUGUCAGAGCCUUGUUUUUUUUUAUUAGAUGUCCCACAACGCAAGUUCAGUUCAUGGAUAUUGGUGUUGAAAAAAAAAAUCAUAUGUUGCCAAGUCAACGUUAUGGCUUUUUCCGCUUUUCGGCAAACCUCUUCCAACUCCUUUCCCA